AGGCGGGAAAAGGGUGCAGCAGACGGUUCACGCUCAGUAGCCGAGAUGGCGGCGCCAGCGACGAGUGUGGUAGUGCUCGACCGCGGCAACAAUACCACAUGCACCGUCAAUUUACACGGUGCAACUGUGGUUUCAUGGCGCGUGAACAACCAGGAACAACUUUUUGUGAGUAAACAAGCAAUAUUUGAUGGAAAACGAGCCAUCCGUGGAGGAAUUCCAAUUGUUUUCCCCCAAUUUGGACCUUGGAGCACUGGCCCUCAACAUGGAUUUGCUCGCAUUUGUCGUUGGGAAUUGAAAAAACCUCCAGAGCGUUUACCAACUGGAGAUGUAGAAGCCAUGUUCCAGCUGCUGGACAAUGAGUUCACGCGCUCUAUGUGGAAUUAUCCCUUCAGCCUAACUUAUCGCCUUAUCCUGCGAGAAAAGGAGCUCCACUUCAACAUUUCUGUUUACAACCCAGGAGCAGAGACACUUUCCUUCACUCUCCUUCUUCACACUUAUUUCAAGGUUCCUGAUGUACGACGAUGCCAAAUUACUGGCAUGAGAGGAUGUACAUACGUAGAUAAGACUCGGGAGGGAGCUCUCUACCAGGAACACCGUGACGUGGUAACCAUUAAUGAAUGGACGGACCGUAUUUACCAAAACACUCCCCUCGAGCACAUCAUUACUAAUGUUGUAAGUGGCCGCAAGAUGAGAAUGCAGAAGUACAACCUUGUUGAUACGGUGGUGUGGAACCCUUGGAUCGAGAAAGCCAAAGAGAUCCCGGACUUUGGGGAGGAGGAGUUCCCCAACCUGGUGUGUGUAGAGGCCGGACAUGUUUCUGCACCAGUCAUCCUUCCACCUGGCACUGUUUUUGAGGCCAGUCAGAUCCUGCAAGUUAUGUAGAGAGUUACUGCACAACAUUCAUUAAUGAUAAGACCCAUGAGUGGAAGACUGGAAUAAAUAUGGAAGUAUUUCAAUGCCUAAAUUCUUCCUUUAUCAUCAUAUUUUAUAAUUAUCAAAGUGUUCUCUUGAUCUUUGGUAUACUGUAAGGUAUAUUUCUUCAGUUUUUCAUUUGUGAGUUUUAUUAAACUCAUAGCAUAGUGAUUUAUUCAUCCACAUUGUUCAUCUGGCCAUGAACUGUGAAUGGAUAAGAAAGGUAUGGAGUUGAGAUUCUGUAAAAGACUGUUUCAAACAUUCUUAGAGGAUGUCAGCAGAUCUUAGGGUAUGACUGAGCAGGUUGUAAGUGCAAGGAGAUGAAACUUGUUAAUCCCAUCCCUUAGAUUGUAAGGUGAUGUUUGUGAGCAAAGUCAUCUGUAUAGGAAAGGAAUGGCAGCAGUAUAUAAAUGUUUUAAGAAUUGAUUUUACUAUGAAUGUUCUAAGGUUGUGAAAGGCUUUUCAUGAGAAUUCAUGCGACAUUUGAUUCUAGAUGACUAAAUGUUCACAUGGAUAUGAUUUUUAUUACGUACUCUAUUGUACAGUAAUUUGUUAUGCAAAUCAUAUUUUUUUUUUUUUUUUUACCCUUUCUUUUGAAAUUGAUGUUUAUUAGGAUCCCAGUGAGCAUAUGUAGAGACUUCAUGUGUUCAUUUCAAGUUAUCUUGGAACAAAAUGGCUUUACUGAUGAAAAAUAUCUCGUGGUGCUAUGAGUGUUGUGUGUGAUGGGGGAGCCUUUUCGUAGCAGUUCCAGAGUAAUAUUAUGUUCAGUAGUAAUAAAAUGUAAAUUGAUUCACCAAAUCACAAAGAAAAAUUGCAGUACAGCGUAGUGUCCUUGUGUACGUUACUAAAAUUAAUUGACCGUUGAAUACAGAAAACUAAUCCAUUCAGAUAAUUAUUUAAGUGUUUGAUCUCAAGUGUAGCAUUAAGAUGUUGUGCACAGAGUAAGACUGUAUCCAAAAGAGUAACAAAAUAUAACUGGGUAAACCACAGUAUAUAUCGUGGUUGUGUCGUAAGUUUCAUGAUAUUUGUGUCCCAGUUGCAUAAAACCAAAGUUUCAAGAAACAAGAUGAAGACAGGGUGAAUAUUUCUUAAUUAAUGAUGUUUGUAUUUUGUAGGUUGUUUGUUGUAGUAUACUUGCUACUAACAUAGUUAAUGAUAUUGUAGUCAAGAAUUGCUUUUGCAUUCUGUGAUGGUGCAUAAUUAAGAGUGCUAGAAGGGUUGCUAACUAUUAUGGAAUAGAGGAUGAUUCAUAGAUGACAUUUUUAAGCUUUCUAAUAUUGUUAAUGACCCAAGCUUGGGUAGCAUGUGGCUUUCCUACUCCUGUUUAGGAGAUCUGUUAGAAGAAAAAUAUUUUUAGUGUUUACAUUUGAAGUUUUUAUAAAGAAAUAUUUGCUAGUCUUUGGACUGUCAUAAUUUCUGAUUUUAUAGCUGUCAUAUUCAUGCAAAAUAGCUUUUUAGUCAUGUAUCUUCACCAUACCAUGUAGACUAAACUUAUAGGGAUGCACAAAAACAUUCACAAGAGAAGUAUGAUUAGGUUGAUAUUUAUUGUUAAGCUCAAAAUGCUUACUUUAUUUUUAUCUUAAUACCUGUAUAUGACAUGUACUGUAAUAUUAUUGAGGAAGUAUCUGGUUCAGCAUUGCCCUAAAGCUUGUCUUGUGUAAUAUUCACGAAAACUGACCGAUGACAACCAUCAGAAUGUCUUACUAGAAAUUUAAGGAAGUAAUAAUAAUUUUGUACGCAAGCAGAGAAACCACUUAAAACACAUAUGGUAAUUUAUAAGUGAGUUUGACUAAUUCAGUUUGUAUUGAACAGAAAACCUUUUUGUGGUGUUGAGUAUGUUGACAGUGUGAAUUAUUUGCACUUUGGGAAAUUGGGUUAGGUAAUGGUCAUCAGAUAGUGACCUAGUUGCCAUUAUUGUGUAUUCAUGAUUGGUCACUGGCAUCUAGUGUCUGGACUAAAUGUAACUUGUCAAUCAUGAGGUUACAGACUGCUUGAGAGAAGCAAUUAUAGUUGGUUGGCAAAAUUAAAAAAGAAAAGUCAUCAUACUUCAUAGGGUUAUUAUUGUUGUUUUGCAUUCCGAAUUUGCAUUUCUUUAAGACAAUUUGUUGUCUUUUUAUGAAUUAUUUUUAAAGCCCUCUUUUUAUAGUUUAUAGUCAGUAUAUUUAAUUUAUGUUUCAUAAGUCUUUAUAUGGUUGUUAUAUACCAUGUACAGAUGUUGAAUUUCACACCAUGACAUUUUCAUUUACAGUAUGUUUAAAAAAAUGGAAAUUUGAACUUCAAAAUAUAGUUAUUGAAAUUUAAAGGAUAUUUUUAACAUUUUCCUGAAAUUGAAACAGGUGUUAUUUAUUAUAUAUUUGUAUUGAUUUUUAUUUUUAGAAGCUUUAAAAGUUUUUGACUAAAGAUACUGAUACACUAGUAAGAUUAUCAGCUAGCCACAAAGUAUUAAUGGAGGUCAAAGAUUGAUUUAUCUGAAGGAAUUCUGCGUAGAACAAUUUUAUGAAGCCGUUUAAAAAAUGAUAGAAGUUCAAGAAAAACACUGUGUACAGGAUUGUGAAUAGAAUCCCAGCAUGUGGUCCCAGUGCUUGAUGUAGCCUUCAUCAAUAGCCAUAUGCUGAUAAUAGUGUAGCUUUUUCAAAUAUAGAUCCUACCCUCUGUAUUUGCAUCAUUCAGUGUCAAGUUUUUCUUUAAGGUUCCAAUUACAGUGUGGCAGCAGUGGAUACAGCUUUUACCUUCUAGCCUAAGGGGUCUUGGUUUGAACCUGGGGUACCCUUAGUCCACCCAACUGUGAAGGGGCACCUAACUUUACAUUUGGGGAAGUGAAGAAUGACUGCUGGGCUUCCUUGUGAACCAAAGGCUUAGUAUUAAUGUGUUGUCUACAUUGCCCUUAAUGAGCUGUCAGUGCUAUAAACUCAUUUUCAGUAGUUUUAGGCAUUAUUAUAUUUAUAGUUUUUGCACAAGAAAAUUAAUUAUUUGGUUGAUGUUACAAUGAUAAUAUUGCCAACGAAAAAGUCUUUGAUGUCUUUAAGAGGGUAGUCUUCAUAUUUGAAUGAGUCAGUCCUGACCAUUGUUGAGGUAACUGUCUCACAUUUUAAGCAGCCAGCUAGUGACAUGACUAAUACUUUUGUCAAGUUUUUCAUUUUGUGGCUAGUUUAUUGUAUUUCUGGAUGUGGAAGAUGUCAUCUUGUCAGACUUCUGCAUUACUGUAGUACACACCGGGUUCUGGGUGUCAGUGAAGUAACUCGGACAUUUGUUAGUGUAGUUGUUAGUUAAAGUUUAGCUUUGCUCUUAUUGCCUGUCUUGUUAUAGAAUUGUUUACAUUUUAUUGAUGGUUUUAAAUAAGAUAUAAAUUUGUUAAUUUGUAUUAAUAUUCAAUGGUUGUAUUGUUUUACAAAUAAUUCAGAUCCACCAAUUUCCAGUUGACCAAUUAUUAUUUUUAGAAUAUGAAAGUGUCAUUAAAAAAUGUAUUAAUACAGGCAACAAUUCUCAUGAAAACUUUAUGAAUAAAUGUAGGUUUAGUUAAGCUUGUAAUAGAACACUGCAGACUUACUCAGUUAGGCGAGGAAGCUUUGUAGUCGUUCACCAGCCGAAUUGCAUAAUUUAAGGAAAUUUGUACCAUUUGUUUUCUUCCACACUGAUUUGUAUUAGUAUUACCGCAUUUAAGAUGUGACCACCUCCAGAUGAAUAUUUAUUUUUUUAUUUUUUUGUCACCAUGCAUCACUGCAGGAAAAAAUUAUCUCCUUUAUGAUUCAUAAUUGGUUUCAAUGAGCAAUUAAAAUAUUUAUUAUGUUCCAUUUGGUGGUGGUAACAAGAAAGUGGUAACCAUAACAGCAUAAUUUAACCAUGACAAUUAAACCAAAUAAUAACUUGUUUGGGUAGACGUAUGUAUAUGAAAGAUAACUGCAGACAAAAAAAUAAAAUUAUUGAAAUGUUUAAAAUUUAAUAUGGAUUAGCUCUAAAACAGUCAAUAAUAAUUAAUUAGUAUGGU